UGACAGCAAUGAAUUCACUUCUCCAGGAUUUUGGAGGAGGAAGCAUCUAUGUCACAGAAACGAUGAAGAGUAUGGUCCCCCCUCACAUCUCCCCCACGGGAGGAAAGCCAGGCUUUGCCCGCAAGGCCAUGCCCCCUGGACGCAAGAUUAUUCCUGGGGGUGCGGAAGAGCUGCCCCGUCAUGCAACCAAUUCUAAACUCUUGAAAUCCAGUCUAGGGACAGGCGGCUUGUCUCCUGCCUGUGGGUCCAAGCCCACAGUCUUCAGGUGAGGCAGGUGGCCUUGGGCACAUGCUCAAAGUGCGAGGGUAUCAAGGGCGGAAGCAGGAUGGGGGCCAGCAGAAGCGACUGAGUGGGAGCGGAGGUGAGGGCGACCUCUUGGUUUCGUCAAUGGAGAGUGGGGGCUCAGGAGGUUCCUCCCUGAAGACCGUCACAUCCUCCAAGUCAUCCAAGUCAUCCCGCUCGACGGCCACACUCGUCACCCGCAACGACAGUGGCAGCACAACAGAUGCAAGCUCAACAACAACAACGACGACGACACCCUCUGCUGCAGCACAACACCUGACCCUUAGCCUGGGGUCAGGUCAGCUGUCGGAGGUUUUGCAGAAGCUCGCCCUUAACCAGUAUCUGGAAGUUUUCCUUGAGCAGGAGGUGGACCUGGACGCUUUUCUGGAACUCUCAGAUGCGGACUUACAGGACCUGGGGAUUACCACUGCUGCAGCGAGGAGCAAGAUCCUGCGAGCCAUUGCCAGUCUCAAGGCCAAGGUCUGAUGCUGAGGUGCUUAGACAAAUUCAUUUAUUGACUGAAAUAUUGGUGCUUUAAUGACGUGAUUAUUAUAUUAUUAAACACAUACUGCAAGUGCCUUAUGAAUUAUCAAGUAAACGUUUUGUUUUUUGACAGAUAUACCUUAAGCCAAAAUAUAUAUAUAUAUAUAUCUAUACCAAAGCUUAGGUAGAGGUGGUUUGUUUUGUAAAAAAAAAAAGCAUAUUUUUUCUUCCAGUGAAUUCUUAUUUUUGUACAGAAGUUAGUGUACAAUAUGAAUAUAGGCAACUAUGUUCAUGUAUUUUAUGAAAUGAGGCACAAGUCAUAAUUAAUAAUUUAUAUUAAAAGGAAAAUAAAAAAAAUUAACUGUAUGUAAAUUGUAGGGAAGGUAUGAAUGAAAGUCAAUUUCACAGUGUAGCAAUGUAAUAAUUUUAUUUCAGUGUUUCAUGCAAUAUCAGAAGAUAUCAAUUUCUUGCAUUCCAAAAUUAUUUUCUAUUGAUAUCUUUUCUGUAUUUGUCAGUUUGAAGUCAGUGUAACUGCAUAUGUGCACAUUUCUGUCUGUGUUGAAUGUGUGAGUGUGCUCACAUGUCAGUUUGUGUUGUGUGCACAAGAGCAGUUUAUAAGGUAAAUGAAACAAUAAAGACAAAGAGUUAUAAUUAUAUCAGGGCAUUAAAAAGAGUAUAUUAUAAC